AUGCCACUCUGGCUUACCUCCAUCCAAUUUCAUCCAGCUUUCUUGCUCCCAUUCCGCAACCCCUUGCUCGAACCUCCGCGUAUCCGUCUCUGCCGCCCUCCGUGCCUGCACCAGCCCACUCACCGUCGCGUUCGCGCCGCCCUCGUCUCUACGCCUGCCACGUGUUCCGACUCCCAAUCCCUCGCCUCGUCGCUCUUGACUCUCCCCACUCGCCGUGUGUACGCGGAAGACGGCACUCACCGCGCCCAUCCCGCUCCCCGCAAACCACUCCCCGCCAAGCCCGCUUCCGCCCCGCCCACCUCCUCCAUCCGCGCAAUCACCGCGAGAAGCCGCGCAACGCGAAGCGGCAGCAACAGUAGCGUUGACGGCGGCGGCGGCGGCGGUUUGACGGAGCAACGCGCGAUUGUUGAGGCGCCACAGACGGCGGAGGCGGCGGCGUGGGACGCGUAUGACUCGGCGUUCGAAAGCGUUCUCGCGAGCAUGUGGGACGAUGUGCGCAGUGAUGCGAGAAUCGAGACGAGCGGCGGAACCUGGAAGAGUGAAGGAAUCGGGACUCGUGCCAGAGAGGCGGAGAGGCAUAGCGACGGCGAGUGCGACCACGAGGGUGGCGGCAUGGGGAGGGCGGGUGACCGCGUGAGUGACGCGCAGGGGCGGGACGAGGGGAAUGCGCGCGGGGUGGAGGCUCUUGGUGAAGUCAGGCUAGAGGCUGGCGGAGCAGGACCGGGCGCUGGUGCUGAUAGCUCGCGCACACGGGAGCCUCCCGGGUGGAGCAGCGCAGCACGCGGUGAUCUCGCCGUGCCAGUUGCUGUGUUUGCGUGCUGUCAGGAUGGACAGCACGACGGGGAGGAAGCGACCUCUCGCCCAACAAACGACCACGAAGGCUCCCACGACGGUGUCCGCGACAGCGUCCGCGAAGGUCAUUGCGACCACGACGAUGAUGACGACUCUUCCCUCUGCGACGAGCCUCUGCCGCUCUCCACGCUCCCCCACGGUUGCCACUGGCCGCUCUCCCACCUCCCUCCUCCUCCCUCGCUCAUUGAGCUUACUCCUCCGUCUGCUUCCCCUGCUUCGUCUGCCUCACCUGUUGCUUCUGCUUCCCCUUCUUCUCCUGUUACCACUGCAACAGCAGCCAGCAGCCCCUUCUUUCGCGCUCUCUUCAGUGAAUCGCCUGUGCCUGACUUGGAGCAACCGCUGGGGCGCUCUCCUGAUUUCCCAGAAGGAGCAUUUCCGGCGCUCAUGCCAUGCAGUUCCCUGCCUUGCAGCCCACUUCCCUACAGCCCCAUGGCUAACAGUCCUCCCCCGUGGCCCAGCAACGCUAUGGCAUACAGAGGUGGAAACCGGUUGGGAGGGGUAGACGCCCCGCUUCUCCCUGCAUCUUCUCCUUAUUCUCCUUCUGCUGCUGGAGGAGGAGGAGGAGGAGCAGGGCUUGGGUGGCUGCUACCUACAGACACUCUGGAUUACAUGGCUCAGGUGCAGAGCAGCGUGCAGCGCGAGUUACACUCAUGGCUGGACGGACUAGGAGAACGCACCAAGGGCCUGCGGGAAGACAUGCAGGAGCAAUUUGGGCGCAUGAAAGAGGAAAUGGCAGUGACUUUUAAUGUUCUAGAGGAGGAGAUUCAGGAGAUGGUGGAUGAGCUUGAAGAUGAAGGGUUGUUACCUGAUUGGACUAAGAUGUUUGAUGAUGAUGGGGGUGGGGAGGAUGAGGAGUGGGAGGAGCUGGUGAGUGGACGGGGAAGCCGGCGGGGUGGGGCGGAGCGGGAGGAGGAGGAGAAGCGGCGGUUUCUGCAGAAGGUGAUGCUGGCUCAGCGCGUGUAUUUUGAUAUUCAUGGGGAGGUGGUGAGGCGUGUGCAGGUGAGGGAGAGGAAUGCCGGUGGUGGUGCUAGUGGUGGUGCGGUGAAGGCAAGCAGGAAUGGACCUGCGUGUAUUCCGGUGACCACUAAACGCAUGGAGAGUGCUGCUGUGGUGUUCUAG